AUGGCGGACGUCCGGUCCAAGAACCUCUACGAGCUUCUUGGCAAUGACCCUGAACUUGACCCCAACAGAGAGCCUGCUCCUCCCACGAAAGCUCUAGACAAGCCCGUUAACCGUGUCGGCAAGCGGGACGCCCCCAAGGAGGCCCCCGUCCAGACUCGCGAGUCUGCUCCCCGCCGCGGUGGUCGCCCCACUGGCAACGAGGCCGCUUUCCGUGACCGCAACGCCGGCCGCAACAACAACCGCGAGAAGCCCACUGAAGAUGGUGCCCAGCCCCAACGGCGCGAGGGCCGCGGUGGCCGUGGUGGUCGCAGCGACCGCCAGUCCCGCACUGGUCAGACUGACACCCGCAAGCAGGUGAACCAGGGCUGGGGUGGCCAGAGCGGUGACAAGGAAUGGGCCGACGAGAAGGCCGCCGAGGCCAUCGCCCAGAACGACGAGGCCGAGCCCCAGACUCCUGGCGAGGAGGCCAAGGAGGCUGACAAGUCCAAGUCGUACACCGACUACCUGGCCGAGAAGGCUGCCCAGGGUGACCUGAGUGCCAAGCCCGUCCGCGCCGCCAACGAGGGCACCAAGGCCGACAAGAAGUGGAACGAGGCCAAGGAGCUCAAGCGUGACGAGGAAGAGGAGAACUACUUCAAGGGCAAGGAGGACAAGAACAAGCGUGAGAAGCAGCGCAAGGAGAAGAACUUCCUUGACGUUGACCUGCGCUACGUCGAGGCCCCCCGUGGCGGCGGUGCUCCCCGUGGCCGUGGCGGCCGUGGUGGUCGCGGUGGCCGUGGCGGUCGUGGCAACGGCCCCCGUGGUGGUGACCGUCCCGCCGGUGCUGCCCCCGCCGUCUCCGUCGACGAGAAGAACUUCCCCUCUCUGGGCAAAUAA